UUGCAAGGAGUGAUUGGACGGUGAUGUGUGUGAAACUGGUGGUCAUCGUUUACUGAGAAGGAAGCCCACUACGUUCACUAGUGACGUAUCUUUAGCCCUUGUCAAGCGCGAGUCACCUGACCAGCUGUAGGACAACUUCGCGUUGCGAGCAACUGACUUCAUUACACUGAAGCACUAUCGACAAGUUGAAUUUAGCAGGGCCUUUGGGUGACAGAAAUCAAAGCCGCCGGCGAUUUAUGGAUUAACCGUGAAGCGUCUACAGCGGAUACAACUGGAAAAGUUAAGCGGUGGAUUCAGGUUGAAGGAAACAGUAGCGGCCUGGCACAGCGAUCCACUAUUCACUUCAGAGUAGGUCUAAGCCCUAGUUGCUGUAAAUGAACUACGAUCAGCCACCUCCCUACGUGGGCCCUGGCCCAUCUGCCCCUGGUUACGCCGGGCCCUCUGCGCCAGGCUACCCUGCAUAUCCUGCACAAGGGUACCAGGGUCAAGGGUACCCAGUCCCUCCAGAUGGGACCCACCCAGCCUACCCUAACUAUCCACCCGGGCCCCCGGGAGCGUACCCAGCACAGCCAGGCUACCAGGGAUACCAGGGGCCUCCGCAACCCCAGUAUGGAUGGCAGGAUGCCCCACCUGGGGCCAUGUACGGGCAGCCCCCGAAAAACACAGUGUAUGUGGUGGAGCAGCAGCAGCAGCGUCCAGCUGACACUGGGCCCGACGCGGGGACCUGCCUGACGGCCUGCUGGGCUGCCCUCUGCUGCUGCUGUCUGUGGGACAUGAUGACCUGACCACGACCUCCCACCCCUGACCUCAUCAGAAGAAUCCAUAAGAUACACUGAUGUAUAGCCUGUAAGACACUUUCUUAUCCUUGUGACAAAAGCUUGAAGAUUGUUAUUUUAGUGUUCUAGGUGUUACAUGAUCUUAAGUUAGAGAUGACUACUGUGCGUAUGAAAUCAUGUAUAAAUUAAACCAUGUUUUUGUUUGUUUAAGCUGCUGUUAAAAUAGCAUACUUUGUUUUAUAUCACAUGUAUUAAAUAUAAUAAUAUCUUGCAUAGUAACUGUACCUGCAGUGAUUGCAAGGAUUUAAGCAGACAUGGAUUUUUACUAGCACCUGAAUGUGUCCAGUUUGAACUUUGUUGUUAGGACUGGAGAAUUCUUAAUCAAACCAUUCUUUUGGCUGAAUGUAUUGCGCUAAUCAGAGUAAUACAGAUACAGAUACCAUGAAACAUAUCUAACAACUACAAAUAGGGGUCAAGGGGAGUAUAUCAUUCUUUGACCAAACACCCUCAGAUUUACAUAAACAAUGUCCGUUGCCCAACUAGAGGCUGGAUCUUGAAGGAAAUGUUUGUAUUAUUCUACAAUGUUUCUCUGCCUAAACCAUACAGUUGCCUUAUAUUACAUUUACAAAACAAGGCCAUUAAGUGCUAUCAUUGCAUUAAGCAGCAGCCAGUGCCAUAUAGCCACAUUUUGUCACCGAUGUUUGAGUCGUGUGGCAGUUUGUUUUGUUUUCCACAACAUUUUUCCUGACACUACUGAUCUUACAACAAAUAAAUGUGCCCAGUCUA